CGAGAGAGCAAGGGCAGGAUUGAUUUACUCGCUGUAUUGGUAAAUAUGACCACGUGAUCCAUGUAACCAAUCCCUGUAGAUGCAGGCCAGGAAAAAUACUAUGAUUGUUCAUAGAGGGAAGCUUCCCGUAACAGUGCAACCCUUAUUAUAUGAGUAGGAAGAGAUCAAAAAUGUCUUCCAGUGGCACUCUCAGUAACUGCUAUGUGGACGCUAUCAUGGGGCAGGAGCCGGAGGAUGUGUACGGUGCUCGCUUUAUUCAGGCUCCACACUCGGUGACCCCGAGGCCGUCAGGUGCCGUCGGGGACAACGCAGACUUCUCUUCUUGCAAUUUUGCACCAAAGUCCGCCGUUUUCUCGUCGUCGUGGUCCUCGGUUCACCCGCAGGGGAUUUAUCAUCCAUACGUGCACCACCACCACCACCACCAGUCCCACCUCCCCGCCUCGGACGGCAGAUAUGUCGGCGUGCGCUCCUGGAUGGACCCCAUCUCCAACCACGUUUCGUUCGCCGGAUUUCACCCCAGCAGUCGGCCGUACGGGACAAAGCCAGAGGUCUUGCCACCGAAAGCUACCGAGUGCGACACGUUGGAAGCUGAAGCUCGACCGCUCGCUGGAGAAUACGCGUGUGGAGUAUCGGAGUGUCCAGAAAAAGCGAGCAAAGAGCACAGUGGAAGUGAGCUUUCGAGCCACAGCGAGCCAAAAGAGGAGAAACAACAACAACUUGACCCAAACAACCCUGCAGCAACCUGGAUUCACGCACGCUCCACGAGAAAGAAGCGCUGCCCGUACACAAAAUAUCAGACUUUAGAGCUGGAGAAGGAGUUCCUCUACAACAUGUAUUUGACAAGAGACCGACGCUAUGAAGUGGCCCGCAUACUCAGUUUAACCGAGAGACAAGUGAAGAUCUGGUUCCAGAACAGGAGGAUGAAAAUGAAGAAGAUGAACAGAGAGAGGAGCGGAAAGGAGCUGCUAUGAAAUCACUGCCUCUUCACACAUUUGUACCCCUGGAAGCCAUUUGAACUAUUAAAUUCAUUUUGGUAGGAGCCUCGGUAGCCAUUUUAAUUUUUUAGCCCCUCUAGCUCAAUAUUGCGUGUCAGUGUAAUAAGGUGUUGGCCAAAUAUGCAUCAGAAUCACAUGUGCAGGAGUUUGUCUUGGACAGUCUGUUUCAAAUGAAAUAUUCUGUUUUACACAACCACAAGCAGUCUGUGCUUGUAGGAAACGUGCCUAUGUGUAUUGCUUUUAUAGUUGUUAAGAAUUUGGAGUUGUAUAUAAAACAUUUUCACAGCUGAAA